AUGUCAGAAAGUGUACGUUCAGGUAAAUCGUCAGUACAAUCUUCUGGUACUACUUCUACAUCCUCAAAAUCGCGUUGUUCUGCUGUGAGCAACUCAAAGAGUGAUAGUAGCAGUGGCAUAAGUAGCACUCGAAGUGGACAUACAACACCACUCAAAUUUACAAGUAUUGUCAAUAAAGUGGAAUCGCUGAUUAGUAAAAUGCAUAAUGACAAACAGCAUGGCACUAAACGCACACCCAACCACAUAGAUGAUAUGCACGGCUCCAGUAAAUGUUGCACCACAACUAAAUCAAAUGAGAGACAUCGUUGCAGAAUCACAACUGUUGGCAGUGGCGCUGAUGUUGAGACAAAUAUGGAAAUGGAAAGUGUCAUUUGCAGCGAAUGUAAACGUUAUGACACUCCACACAUAAAACAGGCUGCUUCAUUAGACUCACUAAACAACUUGACUGAUAUUGAUAGUUUUGAGGGAAAUGAUAUUAUUUAUACAGAUUCUGAUGAUGCCGAAAUUGCGCACAUAACUGGUACAACAGCGGUGCAAGUGCAUCGUCGUAGUGAUUUGGAUCAAUUGACUGAUGAAACGAUACGUGAAUUUAAUGAGCAAUGCUCUUCGCUAAGUCAUGAUAUGGAUUUUGAAAAUGUAUGGAGCACAGAAGAGGAUGAUCAUAAGUGUUGUAUUGAACCAUGUUGUAUGGGUACUACUCAACAAGAGACUAAUGAACAAAAUAAUGUGCAGGAGGUACCAAUUAAACAAUUUAAUCAGAAAAAUCAAUCAACUGUUUAUAAAAUUGCUAAUAGCCAAAGAGAAAGAGAAAAAGCUAAUAAUAUUAAUAAUUCUAAUAAUGUGAGUAGUAGUAAUAAUCAUAAUAAUAUUAAUAAUGAACAUUUACAAAAACAGAAUAUUUCAAGAAGUAAUGAUAUGCAAAACGAUUUUGAGCAUAUCGAACAAGAAAAUUUAAGUAAUGUUGGUAACUAUAUUAAUGGUUCACUUAACACUGGAAAGGUACGUCGCACUAGCAUAGCCAGUAGCGGUUCUGUGGGACGUAUGGAAACGAUACUGGAAGAACCAACCGAGUGUAAAAUAUCUGUUAAAGAGAUAUUGGCACGUUUUGAAAAUAUGUCUGAGGUAAUUUAA